AUGCCUUUCACCGCUAGCGACAUCUGCAAGAUCCUCCUUGCCAUCAUCCUCCCACCCGUCGGUGUCUUCCUCGAGCGCGGCUGCGGCGCCGACUUCCUCAUCAACAUCCUGUUGACCAUCCUGGGUUACAUUCCGGGUAUCAUUCAUGCCCUCUACAUUAUAUUCAAAUUCUAG